CCUUGGACGUCAAACGGUUGGUGUCAAUUUGCGUUUUGGCAUUGCAUAAUGGCCUUCCGCGCCGCGCUCCAACGAGUUGGCCGUCAUGCGACCCAGAAGUUCACCGUGACGAAGGUGGUCGCUCCUUCUUCUCUUCAUGCGAUGCGCAGUUUCUCCACUCAGAGAAAGAAGAAUGACGACGGCGGUGACAACUUUGAUCCAUUGGAAGGCGAUGUCGAACGCGUUUUCCACACUGCGUUCGACACGUGGGAAGGCAACGACUUGCCUGAAAUCCAAGAGAACUUUGAAAACCCUAGCUGGUGGAACACGGAUUUCCCCGAAGGAUUCACGGACGACAUGAAGCACGAUGUGGAGAUGCUUCAAGUGUUUGAGGACCUCGUCCCGUUCAUGGACCAUUCAUGGGAAUCCACGAUCCACCCGUUGCUGGACGGGUCGAAGAUCGCCAUGCAAAUGAACGUGACCCUUGAAGACUUUGACAACAAACUCUUUUUGGAUGACCAGACCACGUACGAUACCAAGGUGACGAUGGAAGUGCCGCUAAGCGCGCUCUCGUUGUCCGACGCGCAAAAGGAGAUUUUUAUUCAACUGUGCGGCCCCCGCUACAACAAAAACAAAAAACACGUCAAGUUGACGGAAGACCGGUAUGAAAAACGCGUCUUCAACCACAAGCGCCUCUGCGACAUCCUGCGGGACUUGGUCACGGCCUCUGUCGAAGUUGGCAACCAACAGACCAAGGCGUAGGACUUGACCAUUUUUUCCAUACCCCAAGAACCCACUUAGAUUCCAUUCGUCCUUCAUUCGUGCCGACUGUGUCGGUCAUUUCCUUGUGGAUGCUUAUCCUAGUGAAGACCAGACCCAUUUCGAACCAUCAUCUCCAUGGCGCAAGGGGUCGGCCGAACGAUGAUGCAAUGGCUGGCUAGCAACAACUUGCACAACGAGAUAGCCAACCUUUCCCAGCAUCCCUUCCAUCUUAUGUCGAGUAGAAAACC